AUGAUCAGAUCAUAUCUAGAAACAAAACGAGUUGUGCUUGUAUGUUCUGCUCGGAGCGGAGAGACAAAGUCUAGAGGCACUACAAAUAGGCUAUUAGCCGCUACGGAAGACGCUCGCAAUCCUACAUCCAGAAAAUACCUCGACAUACUCGAUGAAAUCUGUAAAGAUCACAUAGACGCGGCAAAAGGACAUAUCCGUGAUCCGGAAAUUCUUGCGGAUUUGGAAAAAGAAUUGCAACGAGAUUGUAACAACCUUCAAAACUUUUUGAAAGCCGCACAAGUUAUCGGGGAAAUCUCACCGAAAUCCAAAGAUAACAUUAUCGGGGUUGGCGAAAAAUUAGCAUGUCGUAUAGUGACUGCUGCAUUAAGGGAUAAGGGUAUUGAUGCGAAAUUUGUCGACCUAGUUAACAUUAUCGAAAAAGAGUUUGAUCCUAAUAACCUUGGCCAAGACUUUUACGACUAUCUAUCGAAUUGUCUAUCACGAGAGGUAAUGAAUUGUGGAAACAGUGUCCCGGUAUUGACAGGAUUUUUUGGCUCAGUUCCAGGCAGUUUACUAAACAAUAUCGGACGUGGAUACACUGAUCUUUGUGCUGCCCUCGUAGCAGUUGGAAUAAAUGCCGAAGAAUUUCAAAUAUGGAAAGAAGUCGAUGGUAUAUUCACUGCAGAUCCACGUAAAGUCCCACAAGCGCGUCUUUUGCCAAUCAUCACACCCGAAGAAGCAACCGAAUUAACGUAUUACGGAUCAGAAGUGAUACAUCCACUCACUAUGAACCAAGUAAUACGCGCAAGAAUCCCCGUUCGUAUCAAAAACGUGGAAAAUCCACAAGGGCAAGGAACCGUAAUUUUCCCCGACAUAAAACUUACUAGCGAAAAUGGCGAUAGUGGCAUCAAUAAUGACAACAAUGGCAGUGUAACAUUGUUCAAAAAUGGGCAUACGACACCACCUCAUAUUCCCCGACUAUUAUUCGAAAAUGGAUAUCAACACGACAUGACACGGCGGCAUCCAACCGCUGUCACCAUCAAAAACAAUAUCAUCGUGAUCAAUAUACAUUCUUAUCGUAAAGUGGCAAGUUAUGGUUUCUUCGCGAGCAUAUUUAUUACGUUGGAUAAAUAUGGGAUUGUGGUGGACUUGAUUUCGACGAGUGAAGUUCAUGUGUCGAUGGCGUUUUGUGUUGAAGUAAGCGAGCGCGAUUUACAGAAUGCUAUAGGAGAAUUGCGAAAGUUAGGAAGUGUUGACAUAUUAAAAAAUCAAGCAAUCUUGAGCUUAGUCGGAAAACAAAUGAAGAACAUGGUCGGUAUUGCCGGUAAAAUGUUUACCACAUUAUCAGCCGCCAAUAUCAACAUUGAGAUGAUAUCUCAGGGUGCAUCCGAGAUCAAUAUCUCGUGCGUUAUUGAUGAGCAUAAUGCCACAAAAGCACUGAACGUUGUUCAUCGGGAACUUUUGUCUAUUUCCCCCGCUCUUAAUAUAAGGAAUGGUCCCUGGUUUUAUUAA